AUGACGAUCCUGUCAGUAGUUGGAGGCAAAGGAUCUGGCCCUAUUGAAGCUGAAGAACCAGAAAGAACGUCGAAAUCUAUAUAUGUUGUCUUACUAUUGUCAAUUUCACUUAAAGGAAUAGAAAUAUGUCUUGCGAUUAAGAUGAACGCUCUCACAGCAGAAGAAUUGGUUUUUUUCAAUGAAGUGAAGAAUUUCUUGGGAAAUAGUGUGAAUGAGCAAAUACUUGUACAAGCCAUCAAGAGCCAUGGAUCUCAAACACAGUCUCAUUCAAGUGGAAGUAAUGUAUUAAAUGAUGUUAUCAGCAUUUACUUCGAUCGCAUGGAAUCCGUUGAGAAACCAACUAAACAAGUCCGAUUUGAUGAGCAUUUGGAUGUAUUAUCUCCAGCACCAUCCAUGAGUCGUCCUUACUCAUUUAAUACUCGUGGCACAGCAAUGGAAGGAUCAAAAGAAGUAAUUGAUCUCACAUCUGAUGAAGACAAAAGUGUUAAUAAGUGGAGCACUAUACCACGAAGCGUAUUAGGAAAUCGAGAAGAACAAGAUGUCAUUAAGGCUAUCGAGGAGUCUUUGAAAGACAAUCAGAAUAUCGUAGGAUAUUCAUCGUUCAUUCCAAAAGAUCCAGAUAAUCCUCAUGAAAGGCGGAGAGAUGGAUUUUCACCUGUAGGACUAAAAAAUAUUGGUAACACUUGUUGGUUCAAUGUUAUUGUGCAGACUCUGUACCACAUACCAUAUUUUCGUCAGAUGUUGUUUGAUGCAAGCAACAAAAGUAAAGUAGGAUUGGUUCUAGAGAAAACAGAUACAUGGGAAAAUGAGUCUAGUUCUGUUAACGAGCUAAACAGAAGUGCGUUGACAACUUCACUGUUAUUAUCUUUUCGUAAGCUUGCUGCCUGUCUUAAAGCUUCAUCACGAGCCUAUGUUGAUCCAACAGACGUGCUGAAGAUAAUUAGUGAAUUAAACACAAGUUUAAACAAAGCUGCUCCUUGCAUAGGAAUUCAACAGGACGCUACUGAAAUGCUUCUGCGAUUAAUUGAGUGGCUUGAAUUGGCUUUUAAAGAUCAGACAUCGGAGCAGACAUAUUCUACUACACAGUCAUUGCCUAGCAUAUCAAGUGAAGAUGUAAUGGAUGUAAAUGAUGAAAACAUGGCGCCAAGUGGUUCAAACUCAGAAGAACUCGUAGCGUCAUCUCAUGGGACAUCUUGUAAUAAAUCAAAUGAUGCUGAUCUCAGUUUGAAUUCUGUCUCGGACCACCCUUUCAAUGCACUUUUCUAUGGCUCACACAUUGAAAUUAGACCUAAUGCUGUUGGAAUUUCGUCACCCUUAAAGUUAGGGAAUGCGCUGCAAAUGAUCAAUUUGGAUGUCACAUAUGAUAAUUUGUACGAUUCUUUGGAAGCUUAUCAUCUCUCUGAUGCACCAGACAAAGAGCUGUGGUUUGAGUCACUACCGCCUGUGAUCAUCUUUUCAUUAGUUCGAUUCAGCUAUAAGAAUGGUCAGACAGAAAAAAUCCACAGUCAGUUCCAAUUCCCUCGCGAUUUGUAUAUGGAUCGUUAUUUGUAUCGCAAUCGUGUUUUUGUUAAUGAAAAACGGUUUGAACGAAACUCUUUCAAGAAGCGUCUUGAGAGUAUUACAACGGAAUUAGAAAGAUGGGAGAAGUUUCCAGCUGGUGACACAAAGGUGCCACUUCCAUCGUUGAUCGAUGCUGUGGCGAAAUACACAUCAUCGGCUACAAAUGAUAAUGUAUUUGAUGAUUUCGACUCUUGUAAACAACAGCCGAUGGAAGUUUGUGAUGAGAAUGCGUCGCAUUCAUUCAUUGUAAAUGAAAUGCAAAAUGCUAACAGUGGAUUGAAUAGUAACAACGAAGAAAGUAUACUGUCAUAUCCUCAACUUGAUAAAAGCAUUAUACCAGUGGAUGUUGAUAUUAAUGCAGUGACGAGUUUCUUGCAAUCUCUUUCUUCAAAUGCUCAGGAAAAAAUAAAUGAACUUCAAAAAGAAGCAGAUGUGUUAAAACGUAAAAUCGAUUCUAUUUUCGAUAUUGAAAGCAUGAGGGAGGCUCUUCAUGUAUGCAUAUUCCGUUUAAUGUGUUUAUUUAGAAUUAUAUUUAUACAAUUUUUGCAGGAACCGUAUCGUCUACACAGUGUAAUUGUUCACGAAGGUGAAGCAAAUGUCGGACAUUAUUGGGCGUAUAUAGCUAGUUCACCUCUAUCCAGUGUUCAGAAUAACGAAGUAUCUUGGCGUAAAUUUAAUGAUAAAAGUGUUGAUCCUGCAACUUGGCAACAGAUUGAAGAGGAUUCAUUUGGUUCGAGACGAGCUUGUUCAGCAUACUGCUUAGUAUACACAAGGAAGAAGUGCGAAGAUUCGUUAUAUGGAGGACAACAAGGUAAGCAAAAGCAACCAGGACAGUUGUGCACUGGGUUGGUUGAUGGUUUACCUUGUGACUUGAAAAUCGAGGUCUCGACUGAUAACGCUUGGUUUGAUGCAGAAAUCAUGCGUUGGGACGCUGAACAUAAUGUUGAACUGGGACCAGAGAACAAAAUUCUGAGCGAUCCAUCUAACGAUGAGGAAUUGCUGAGGGCUGUCUCUUUUAAGGGAGUUAUUGACAUCAAUGGAUUGAGCAGGCGACAUUACGAACAUGCGGCUCGAUUUUUUGGAUUGUUCAUGAUAAAGAGUGUGUUUCAGCUGAUUACACACUAUAUGACGCAUUAUGAGACAGCACUGAGAGUAACAAACGUAUUAUAUAGUGACAGACUAAUGUUCAUGAUUGAUUGGGCAUCAGUCUUUGGCAUAUCACUAAGUAAUUCAGCCACAACAGUUUUCAUUUUACGACUGCUCAUGAACAUGGAUGGAAUAAAAUAUUCGAAGCUCAUUGAAGCGUGUGAAAAAGUCGCUGGAAAGGUUGUUACAGAUGAUCCAUCUUCCGAACUCAUCCUAAAUAAUGCACAUGUGCUUUACGAAGCAUUUUGCCAGAUGAUAGCUGUGAUGAAUGAUAUUUUGAAAAAACUCGAUCACUGUUCAAGCUUGCGUAAACUGGACAGAAUAGCUUCAGACAUACAGCAAGCUCGUCUUCUUUGUGUAUCGAUACAUUUGAUGGAUAGGAUUAAUAUGUAUGCCGCAAAAAAAUCUUCUGAUCCGGAGCUAGAGCAAUUUUUUAAUUUAGUGCAUAAUGGUCUUCUUAUCAUUUAUGUUGUUGGGAUAAGUCGGUGUAUCAUUGAUUACAUGGAAAGUGAGUCAGAUGAUGUCAUUUUGAUUGACCACGACAAUUUUAUUGAUAAGGAAUAUAAAGCAAUGAUUGUUCGAUUACACAAUAUGAAAAAUAGCGGCUCAGAAAGAAGUAUCCAGUAUGUUAUUUCCAUCUGGAAUCAGCUGUUAUCGAAUUCAAAUGGUCUGAAAAGAGUGCCUUGGAUUUAUCAGAAAAUUGUGGAUGCAUCGGAACAAAAAACAUCAACCAUUAUGCCUGCAUCGAAACUGAAUGUCAGGGCUGGAAAUUCAGGAUAUGAUCUAUAUUCAAUGAAGGAAACAGCCCAUUCAAAACUCGGCAUUCGAAAUGUCGAAGAUUUAAAUAAAUUAGCUCUUAAUGUAGUGCAAGGAAAAUUCAACAUUGCUAAUGCCGAAUGA